UAGCCGCUCGGUGAGUGCAGUAAAGGGAAGACCGUCGGUGCCUCAGCGAGGGCCGCCCAGGGGCAGGCUGCUAGCCGGGUCUCCGGCUACUUUGGCUCCACAGCGGAGCAGAUGGGGCCCACCCGCCCAGGGUGCUUGGUCCCGCACCCUCCACACCCUAUGGCUUCUACUCCUGGGGGCACCUCGCCGGCGGCUGGGGCCGAUAACUAAUCCGUUCUGCCAGCGUAUUGCCUCCCCGGCCCAGAGCAGCUUUUCAGCAGUGUUCCAGUUCCCCAGAUGUCCGCCCCACCCUGCCCACCGAUUCCUUUCCAGGCAAGGCCGAUCACGCGGCCAAGAACUAGACUCGCAAACUGGGAAAUUCUCCGAGCCCUGCUGGAGCAAGUAGCGAAACCCGGCGUGAGUGUGGGAAGGAGCCUUAACCGGCAACUCUGUGUCCCAAUUGCCUUUCUCGGUCUUCGGGUGAGGCCCAAUCAGGUUGAUGGGGGCGGGACUUCCGUCUCGACUCGGUGUUGUUGUCGCUGCUCCCGCUCCCGGCUGAGGGGUUCGGUGCGGAUAUUUAGUCAUGAAGUCACGGUAGGGACUUCUACUGCAGCAACGUGGUCAGAGAGGCAGUUCGUGUUCCAGGGGGCCGGGCUUCCAGGUGGUUUUACUGCACCAUGCUGCUCUCCCUGGGCAUGCUCAUGCUGUCGGCCACACAAGUCUACACCAUCUUGACUGUUCAGCUUUUUGCAUUCUUAAACCUACUGCCUGUAGAAGCAGACAUUUUAGCAUAUAAUUUUGAAAAUGCAUCUCAGACAUUUGAUGACCUUCCAGCAAGAUUUGGUUAUAGACUUCCAGCUGAAGGUUUAAAGGGCUUUUUGAUUAAUUCAAAACCAGAGAAUGCCUGUGAACCUAUAGUGCCUCCACCAUUAAAAGACAAUUCAUCUGGCGCUUUCAUCGUGUUAAUUAGAAGACUUGAUUGUAAUUUUGAUAUAAAGGUAUUAAAUGCACAGAGAGCAGGAUACAAAGCAGCCAUAGUUCACAAUGUUGAUUCUGAUGACCUCAUUAGCAUGGGAUCCAACGACAUUGAUGUAUUAAAGAAAAUUGACAUUCCAUCUGUCUUUAUUGGUGAAUCAUCAGCUAAUUCUUUGAAAGAUGAAUUCACAUAUGAAAAAGGGGGCCAUGUUAUCUUAGUUCCAGAAUUUAGUCUUCCUCUGGAGUACUAUCUGAUCCCCUUCCUUAUCAUAGUGGGCAUCUGUCUCAUCUUGAUAGUUAUUUUCAUGAUCACAAAAUUUGUCCAGGACAGACAUAGAGCUAGAAGAAACAGACUUCGUAAAGAUCAACUUAAGAAACUGCCUAUACAUAAAUUCAAAAAAGGAGAUGAGUAUGAUGUAUGUGCCAUUUGUUUGGAUGAAUAUGAAGAUGGAGACAAGCUCAGAAUCCUUCCCUGUUCCCAUGCUUAUCACUGCAAGUGCGUAGACCCUUGGCUAACUAAAACUAAAAAAACCUGUCCAGUCUGCAAGCAAAAAGUUGUUCCUUCUCAAGGCGAUUCAGACUCUGACACAGAUAGUAGUCAAGAAGAAAAUGAAGUGUCAGAGCACACCCCUUUACUUAGACCUUUAGCUUCUGUCAGUGCUCAGUCAUUUGGGGCGCUGUCAGAAUCUCAUUCACAUCAGAACAUGACAGAAUCUUCAGACUACGAGGAAGAUGACAAUGAAGAGACUGACAGUAGUGACGCAGAAAAUGAAAUUAAUGAACAUAGUGUUGUGGUCCAAUUGCAGCCUAAUGGUGAACGGGAUUACAACAUAGCAAAUACUGUUUGACCUUGAGAAUGUAAUUGGUAUAUUUCUCUUUGAAAAACUUAGGUACAUACUGUAUUUGAUUUUUUGCUCCCUUCAGAGACUUCUGUAGAAAUAAGUUAUUUUUUAGUAUUCUGCAAUUUAAUCUGAAUACUGAAACAGGCUUUUUGAUCCAGUAUUUAUCUGCAGGAGUAUACUUCAUUUCACUAAUAAUAGAUUGGUGCUGUAACUUAAGCGUCAAAUCAGUUCUUUUGGAAUGAAAUAUAGCCAAAAUAUUUUUUUUUUUUUAAAAAAAACCCUCAGUGUAGCUUGCAAUUAAGACCUAGAUCACAGUAUGCAAACAUUUUGUGUUUCACACACCAGGUCAGUGCUGUGGCCACCUAGCAUGAGCUAAGCCAACUUCCACCUCCGUCAAGUUACCUAGAGUUGUUGAGCUAGAAUAUAUUUGUUCUGGUAUUUCCCCAAAUUGCCAUCACUACUAAAAGGCAACAAGGUAAUUUAGCAUUUUUCCUCAUAUCAGCACAAAGAAACUGAAAGCUUUUUCCUUCCCAUUCCUGAGUAGUCUUAUCCUGAUAGGAACAGUCCGUACUAGUGCAGAUUUCAAAAAUUUUUUUUUAAUGUUAUUAAUACUAUAGUGUUAUAUAUGAAUUUGAUUCAGCAGUUUAAGUAAUGGCUCUGGACUUUACUUACUGAAUUAUACUUAAGGGUUUUGUGGUGUUGUUAUCAAAGCAAAAAGAAAAUGCUGCAUAAAGAUACCAAACUUCAGCAACUGUUAAUACUCAGAUCAUAUACCUCUUAAUAAAAAGCAACUUAUGCUAAUUAGCCCUGCUAAACUAUGUACAAAGGAAAUUGUUCAAGUAUUGAAUUUGAAAGUGCUUAUAUUUAACAGAACUAAUGAUAUGUACUGAAACAAUGUAUUAUGAAAAGUAAAUUAUAUUAUACAUCAUUGUAACUAUGUAGAAAAUAUAGACUAACAUAUAAUCAAAAUGCUAAGGAUUUUAUAUGGCCUUGUAUGAGGGGAGUUUGAAUGUUAAUAAACAUGUUUUUCACUUUAA